AUGACUUCUACAAAUGAUGGAAAAGACGUGAAAAGUUAUCAAACAAGUGUCCAGAAAGGCAAGACAUAUUAUAUUGAACUUUAUAAGUCGUUAGACGCGCGCCUCAGCGCUGACACGACAGGUGAAGAGCGCACACAAGUAGUGUGCGAAGCCUGGCGCCGCGUGCACAGUCUCUGCCAGCACUCGGCGCCUGAGACACAUCCACAUCUCCUCGCCUGGUUACAAAGGCACACAUCGUAUACUAUACUACACACUGAUUGGCCAAAGGCCUCGGAAACAACACAAUCAAUAGAGCAACACACAUGGCUGCAAGAGGCUAUUGAUGCCUUUAUUGCUGAGUGUAGAGAGGCUAUAGCACAGCGGGAUGGCGUCAGUCCUGACUGGGAGAGCCAGCUAUUGCAAAGGGCUCAUUGGUUCCUGGCAGCGCUAUCAGACCCUUGGGGGCAUCCUGUUCUCAAAGCUUUGUUGAACUCCCAAGAAAAACAACUAACAGAUGAACAAAUUCUAGAAUGGCUGAAGGAGGAGCGUGGCGUGACUCUCGUGACGCGGCUCCGGCAGCUGGCAGGGUCGCGCCGCCUACACGAGCUGGCGUUGAGGCUCGCCUCCGCCGUCAUGGACCGCGCGCGGGCCUCGCAGCCGGUUGUGCCGGAUGUGGACCAGGGGAUGGAUAAACAAAGUUCACCUAUAAUGGAAUCGCCAUUCGUCGCCACUUUACAGAAAGAGGCCGGUUUUAAAGCGGAAGUCUGGAACCUACUUACAGAUAUAGAAUUUGUGUUAUUGCACAGUGAGUCACGAUCACGUUGCAUUGAAUUGGCAAAACAAACACCACUGCACAAAGGCUACAACCUCGUAAAGCGAUUGCAGAGUCGGCUGCAAACUUCGCCGCGAGACAAAAAGAUUUGGAAGAACGCAAAGGAAGUUGCUACUCUUAUUGCUCAGGUGAUAAUAACGCGAUGCAUGGUAGUGCCGACAUGCUCGGGCCCCGUAGCGCUGGCGUUGGAUCGGUGCGCCAAGGCGCUCGUGUGCCUGCUGCCGCCGGACAAGCUGCCCACCGCUGCGGCUGCGCUGGCGGCCCCCGCGCGCACCUCUGCGCACCUGCAUAUGCUGGCCACCGCUGUGCAUGCUCAGUGCAAAGAAGACCGCAAGUCGUUUGUGUGCGAGUUGUACGUACGCGCAAUAACAGCUGGCAUGAAUGAAUUGGAAACGCUCAAACUUAAGACUGAAAAGGAAUCUGAAGCCCGAUACACAGAACAAACACUGUCCAACUGGUUCACACAGCUCGGAUCGUUAUUAUCAGCUAGUUCCAGAUUAAGCUCCGAAUGUAUUCUCACAGCUUUCUCUGUGCACCCCUCACCGGAUAUGUACGACAAAGUCAGGAAAGCACCACUGUUAGAACCCUUACAUAAGGAUAUCCAAGAACCAAAUCUGGAGACAAACUCUGAAUAUGGUAGUUGGGCAAAUGACAGUCGAACUCAGACAAACUUAGUAAAAACAUCUGAAACAUUAAAUCUCAAGUCUGAGAUACAAGCGAAUGUGCUCUCCACAGCUAUAUUUGCAGAGGGUGAAACCUUAGGUCUGAAAGCGGAGUUAUGUCAAGACCUUGCUGUUUUAAUAUCUGGCCCUAGAGUCAAAACAUUGACGUGGGAUAUGGACAGGGAAUCCCUCCUGGAGAACUGUCGCACAUACAUGGAGCGCACACACGGCGGCACGCGUGCUCUUACCACCGAGCUCAAGUACUUGAACCUCGACCCCCGCUCCUUCCAACACCUGCCGGAAGAGGAGGAUGAUGAGAACGAUGUCUAUUAUGGCAUUGAGAAGGGCUAUGAACACUUAGUAGAAAAGCCUGAUGAAGAUUUAUGGGAAGAUGAUUUCAUCUAUGAAGAGCCACAAUCGGAUAGCUGUCAUUGCACUGGUGAAUCGGCGAUUGAUAUACCAAAACGAAAGAAGAAAUCUAAAAGAUAUUUUGAGGAGGAAGUCGAUCCCUUAAGCUUCGAAGAGACAAAACGACCAGAGAAACAAGAUAGACCUCACAGCAAAGAAAGGAGGAAAGAAAAGAAACACAAGAUUAAAGAAGAUCCACUUAAAGACACUGAUCAAAGUAAAGAACACAGCCAGGAAAAAACUAAAGAAAUACGAAUGAAAGCAAAGAAGAAAGAAAGAAAAGAGCGUAAAAAGAAAGAAAAGAUUGAGACGGUUCAACUAGAAGGCAAUAUUCAAACUCCACAGAGUUCUUUAUCGAGGUUAGUUGGAAUGAAAGUGGAGAGAAAAGAGGAUGACACUAUAAAAAUUGAUGCAAAAAUAUCUGAUUCAGUUAACUCUAACCUGUGCAUUACUGAUAGCGAUUAUGACAGUCAAGGAAAAUCAUCGAUAAACUCUGAGGGUAAUGACCCCAAUGUCUUAUUUGAUGGUUUGUUCUCUAUGGAAGAAAUCAAAUCUCCAGAGAGGGCAGUACCAGAUAAUAUUCAAAGGCCAAUGCUUAAUUAUGAAGCUAAUAUUUCCAAUAGUGUUCUUCUAAACAAGACUAUUAUCACUCCAAAUGCGAUGAUCCAAUCACAAAAACCUCAUACUAUAUCAGUUAAUACUGGUAAAGAAACCAUUAGACCACUUCAAAGUAACAGCCUUGUAAAGAAAAGUAUUAAGAAACUUCUGGAAUUUAGAAAAAACAAAGCUUUUAAUGAACAACAGAGAAAGGGACUUCCACCAACAAUACCUCAUCCAGUUGAAACAAAUUCAUCAUUUAAUCUAAAUUCUUAUCCAAAUAAUUUAAAGCAGAGUUCACAUCUUUCAAACAUGCCAAAAACGUAUUUAAGUAAUGAUAAACUAAAGCAAUCCAACGCCUUAACAGAUGGGACAAGUAAUGUUUCAAAGAAUUACAGUCAUCAUGUUAAAAAAGUUGUAAAUGAAACCUUUGAAAAAAUUAUGCCAGCUGGCAGCACUAUGAUUCAAAAAGCAAAUCACAAUGUUAUAGAUGGUAAAAAGCUUGUUCAAUAUUCUCCAUACACAAUUAAAAAAGGUCAUCAACAUGUGAUUAAACAAAGCGUUGAUGUUAGUGAUUUAAUACAACAAGUUUCCAAACAAACAUUCAAACCAACCACACAAAAGUCGGAAACACCAAGUCAAAAUCAAUUUACAGAUUAUCUUAAACAGCGAAGUGCAUCUGUUAUAAAGAAACAACCAACCAAAAGUUGUGUCGAUAGUUUAACUCAAAUACAAUUCCAGGAAUUCCUUAGACAACAAUCUUUUAAUCAGUCUAGUAACGCAGAGAGAUUAAAAGAUCUACCUAAACAGUAUCAGUCGAAAAGCUUGCAAAAUUUAUCUCGGCCAAUUUUAUCUACGAAUAGUCAGAUGCAGCAUCAAAAUUUCUUGAAAGAGCUACGAGAAUCUGCUAAUGCAGGUGCUACUAUGGAAAAAUCAGAUAUAAAAGCUCAGCAAAUUACCGAUAAGACGGGUGUAAAACAAGUAAUCCAACAGAAAAAAGUCGCUAACGCCCUAAAUACAUUCUCACGACGCAAUUACUUGCACAAAAAUAAACAAAGUGACAAAGGAUUUAAACCUACAUUAGACCAAACUAAACAAAUACUCAGUAUGUCUAUGGAAGAUAUGAAAAACUUAGGAGUAGAUUAUGAGAAAGUAACAAAUUUACAUACAAAAGGUGAAAUAGUAAUAUCGAAAAUUGACAGAGCAAAGAGUAAUAUUAUAAGCGAAGGUACCAAGAUUAUGAUGCACAAGCCUGAAGUUGAUUUUUUCCAAGCAAGACCCACGCCUUUAAAUCUGAAUAAGGAAUACCCAAUAAUGGCGCAAAUAUUGUCGAACAAAGAAAGUUUUGGCGUAAAGACGACGAGUAACAAUGAAACGAAAAAUAUUCAUGCAAGAAAUGUCACACCAACAAGUAAUCUGUCUGAGAAGGAUCAAAAUGACUUAGUGUUAUUAUUACGGCAACAAUCUAAGAUGAACGCAAAACUUAAGCCGAAGACUGAAUAUCAAAACAAUAGUAUAGAUAUAAAUUCAAAAAUGUUAAUAAACUCUAAUAGCGUCAAUCCGUCAGUAAAUGCUAACAAUGUCACAACUGGCGUUCAUAGUUCGAUUAGCGAUUAUCCGAGUACUGACAACUUUAUCUGCCCUACAAAUCAUUCAACAGUGAUUAAAAGUAAUGAUACAUGCACUAUAGUCUCUGAACAGAAAAAAGGUCAAAAUGUUAAAGUGUCAGGCAAAUGCUCAAAGCAAACAGAAAAAAGUACUGAUUGUUCAAAAUCUGAUUGGGAGAGCGUCAUGAAUGCUCUGUUAGCUCAUAAGACACCGAGUAGAGGUCCAAAUGCUCUUGAUAUUGUACUGAAAAAAGAUUCUUUUGAUAAAAGACUUUCAAGUGACUCAGCCAAAGAAAAACCCAAAGCAACAACAUCAGGUUUCAACUCUAGUUCAAGUGCAGAUGUUGAGAGAAAUAAUACGAAAAAGCACUCUGUGAAUGUAAAUCAACCUAUGGUAAGCUCUAAUAGCAGCUCCUCAAUGAAGAAGACUACGAGACAAGAUGCAAAACCACGGCCUGACAAAAAAGUCAACAAGGUUGAAACUUCUAAAAAGGCGCCAUCCAAAGUGAAAGAAAAAAGUAUUUUAAGUGUUAUGCAAAAUGUCAAUGACCCUUUUAUCUCGGGUACACCAAAUUCUGACUUUGAUCUUUUAGGAGAUUUAAUGGAUGACGAUUUGCGUCAGGAAAUUGGGGAACUGUUAGCAGACGAUGAAGCUUAUGGGAUACCUGUACCUACUCCAAAGCCAAAAAAUAUACCAAGCAAUGAUGUAUUUUUUAACGACAAUAAAACGAACAUAGUGACUUCUCGUAAACCUCAAAUUAUUAUCGAUUCGCGCCAAAACGUAAAUUCCCAUCCUAGUUCUAGUACCAUACCAUACCAUCAUGAUGAGGUGCAGGCAAAAUCGAAUAGCAUAUUGAAGCCUGUUAUAAAAACGAAGUCGUCGUGUAUUACAACUGUUACAAAUCCAAAGGCGACUCCACGAAUAAUUUCCAACGAUACCAUUGCUCAAUCUACGAUAGUGAAGCCAAUAACUAAACCCUAUAGUAAUAUUCCAUGUAAAAAUAUGAUAAAUUGCAAUAAUAAUAUGAAUGUUUCAAAUAUCAUGAAUGUAAAUAGCAAUCUGGUUCUAUCGACAAAUAAUAUCAAUUGCAACGCACCUAUAAAUGUUUCUAUUAAGAAUAAUGUAGACAUACCUAAAGUUGAAACAACUCAUUUCAACAUAAUAGAUCCGACGCCAGUUGUCCUCGUACCACAAACUACACCGAAAGUAAUGUUAAUAAGUAAUGAAUUGAUUUACAAUCCAUUCCCUGUACCGACAGUUCACCAAAAUUCUACAAAUUAUGAAGACAGUACAAGUUAUGUGGCCCUUAAUCAAAAUCCGCAAAGUAUUACCUUAUUUCGUACGCCAUCGUAUCCUGUCAUCUUAGAUGGUGCAGUCUCUGUUCCGGUCAUACAAAAAGUACCGACCAAUAUUUCUGUUGUAUCCAAUGUAACGUCAAAUACACUUGCCCAUGAAAAGUCACAGAUGUCGACUUAUAUAAAAUGUGAAAUGUCAGAAAUAUCGACUCUUGAAAAACCUGUAGGGAAGACUUAUGGAAAAUGUGAAAAAACUGUAAUAAAAUCAUGUAUAGAACAAGCAACUGUAACAGAAAUGUCAAAAACUUUAACAAAUUCACAUGACAUUAAUUCUUCAAAGCUUUUACAAAGUAAUGCAAACAAGUGCUCAUCGGAAAAUGUUGUUGUCGAAGAAGUACCAAAAUUAUUUAAUGGUAACAAACCAACAUUACCACCAAAAUUAGAACCAUCGAUUAGCAAGUUAUCAUUGAAUUCAAUGAGCAUGAAUAUAGCGAAUAUGUCUCAGAUUAAUACAUUGGAAACUAAUAAAAUCGCUGACGUUAAUAAAGGAAUUGUAAAAGUACCGUCACGUAUUCAAGAAAGUCAAUCUAUUUCACCUGCUGAAAGCACAAGCUCAAUUGUUAAAUAUUUAGAACAAGAUAAUAAAGAGACUGUAUUAAAGGAUCAACUAAGAAUACAACAAAAAAGAAUGCUGAUAUUAAAUAGACAAACUCAUUAUUAUUCUAAGGAUAAACCAAUUGCACUUUUAUAUGAACCCAUAAAAGUUGUGACACAAUCUGUUCAGUUAAAAUCGACUACACCUGAAGAAGCUAUUCUUAUUAAGCACAAAGCAAUUGUUACGAAAGAUGAUACCAACGUUGUAAAGGAUAUUAAAAUACCAAAAAAAAGUGACAAUGAAAUUCAGGAUAAUACAGAAAAUAAUAUGAACAACAUAUGUCAAGAAAUUGCAAAUAAAAUCCAAAUGAAUAAAAGCAAUCUGACAUUAUCUUGCCGUCGUAUUCUAUUACGAUCGUCAAACAAUCUAAAGGACACAAGAUUAGCAAAAUCCAGCGUAAUGUCAGCUAUAAAUAAUUCAAAAGAAUCAAAAAGGAUGAAAUUGGAUAAAAAAGUUGAGCGUGUAACGUCUCAAAUUGAAUUUAAGAAAAAAACUAAAAGCAAAGAUAUUACAGACAAUAAAUCGCGAGAAUUAAUAAAACUUCCAUCAGUGGCAGAAACAAAAGACAAUAUCAAAAAGUCUAUCGGCAGUGGUUUGUUAAAUAACGCCCUUAACGUAAACAAUACUGACACAGCAGAAAUUGAAACUAAGAAUCAAAGUUCAUCCUGUAUAGAUAUUGAAGAGCAAAUACCACCAUCAGUUAUUCAUAACACCAGCAAAGAAAAAGUUGAAAAGCCAUUAAGUAAUCAAAACACAUUGAUGAAACAAAAAAAUACUUUACUAAAUAUUCCUUUGCAAGAUGCUGCCUCAAAAAUUAGCGAAGAUCAUUCUAAUAUUAAAGUUCAAAAUAGUAUAGUACAUGAAGAGGAUCAAAGCAAAUUUCAUAAAGCGAGCAAAUGUAAUGAAAGUAUAAAAAAAUGUAGUAACAUGGUUAACAACAAAGUAAGUGUGGUGGUAAAGUCUAAUAAAAAAUCCAAUAUCAAAAGUAUAAAUAAAAAACAAACAUCUCUUCAAAACGAUGCCUCAAAAAACAAUAAAUCCAAAUAUGCCCUUCCAGUUGUACGCGCCAGCUUAACAGCCAGCCAGCCAGAUAAACAGCAAAUUUCACCUAAGCACGAUGAAAAAACAAAAAAUGAAGUAUUAUUAUAUAAAGAUAAAAUAAUGUUUGAAGAAUUGCCAAAUAUUAGUAACGAUCCGUUAAAAAAGUUUGUUAGAAUUAAACUUCCAAAUGGAAGUAGUUUUAAAGCGACGAUAUCUGGAAAAUUAAAUGUAACCAUAGAUGCAAUAUUUGAAGAACCAAGCAUUAAAGCUGUGAUUUUGAGAAAUAUAAAUGAUAAUAAGAAAUGUACCUUGAAUGUCAAACAAGUCACAGUAAAAUCUCCGGCUUGUGCUUCCACAGUAACUACACAUAUUCAAGAUAUGUCUUAUUCUAAAUCACAUGACGAUGCCGAAACUAUAAAUUUAUUAAGUGAUGAUGAGGAUAAUAACGUUCAAACUUUUAAAACGGAAUUUGGUAAUUUUAACUCCGCCCAUUUAGAUGAUGACAUAAUUUUAAAACAUCAAGAAAAAUUUUCACAAAAAUGUGUAGUCAAAAUAAUUAGAUGUAAAGCUUUGGAAAAAUUUGUGGAGUCGAAGUUAACCACAGACAAAACACCACCUGAUGUAGAACCUGAAUCAUCAUUACCUAACCUCAUUGAGGAUUGCAUAGAAAUAGAUGAUUCCUCUAAUGACAGUGUAAAGAUGCCCGAUAACAAUAACUGUAUAACAGAUAUGAGUAACAAAGAAAAUUAUGUAAAUGCUAAAGUGAUCGAAAACGUCGAUCGAGAUCUAUCGAAAAAAGAUAUGUUAUUGAAAGAUCUGGAGGUAAUCGAUAAUAGUAUUGAUAAAUCAAAAUGUACAGUUAGAAAUGAGGACCACUCUGAUAAUAAAACCCAAAAUUAUACUGAUACCUCUGAAGCGGUAAAUAAUUAUCAUGAAGUUAUACCAAAAGAAUGUAUUUUAAGAAUAGACAGAUGUGAUGAUCUUGUAGAAAAAAUGAAAAUUCAAAAAAACUCAUGUUUUGUUGCUUUAGUCAGAUGCGAUAACAUAACAAAACAUUGUUAUGACAUUGAACUUCCUAACGAUCAAUCUAAUGAAAAAUUUGAGGACAGAGAGGAAAUUGAAAAGGAAAGUGCUCUACAAAUAGAUUCCUCAAACAUAGAGCCUGUUUUGCAGCGAAGUGAAUCCCUUUCAAUUUUAAAUGAUUUUUCCGUUUGUGGAGAAAACCAAUCGACUAGAUCCUCUCCAUCAAUUAUGGAUAAUUUUGAUAUACCUUUAAUAUUAUCCAAAGAAGUGCUUGAUUUUAAUGAUUUCAUAUGUUGCGCAGAGUGGCUUGUGACAAAAUCUAUUCUUCGUGAAUUUGAAAAAGACGUCUAUAGUCCACUCCAUGAAUUUAAUUAUGGCUCAGAAAAUGAUAAAUUAAAAUUUGAUGAUAAAUCAACUGAUUUCGAGAGUGACAUCGAAAGUAUCAUAUCUACGACUCCGGUGACGAUUGAAGAAAGCAACCAAUUUAACAAAAAACUGAAAAGUGAUAUCAAGAAAUCAAAAUUCGAUGAUAAAUUAACUGACUGUGAAAGUGAUAUUGGUAGCGAUGUACCCAUAGAUACCUUAUCUGUAGAAGAAAUUGAGAAAUAUAACAUAAUGUGUACAAUUAAAAAUAAUAAAGCCAAUUUUGAUGAUAAGUUUACUGAUGGUGAAAGUGACAUUGAAAGUAAUAUAUCUAUAGAUCACUUGUCAAUUGAAGACAAUAUUCCACAUAAAAAAGAGCAUAGAAUUAAAAACGACAAACUAAUUUUUUAUGAUAAAUCAACUGAUUGCGAAAGUGAUAUUGAAAGUAUUGUAUUAGUGGAUUGCUCGUCAGUUAAAGAAAAUGGUCAAUAUAAUAACAAAUAUAGGAUAUCUCAAGUACCAAGUCUUAUUAAAAUAGUUGUCAAUUUUUUUCAAAAUAAUUCCGAUGUAAUAGAUAGGUUGAAAUCUAUUCAAAAAAAUUGCACAGUAAUUUCUAGUUCUUCUCCUUUAAAAAGAAAGUUUGUCGAAAAAAGUUUCGAUAAGCCAAACAACAAAAUAUCGAAAUUAGAAAAGAGUUCUCGUAUGCUUAACUUUUGCAAAACCCAAAAUAAAGCAUCUAUUAUUAAUGCUAUUGAAAGUACCAAUACCUUAGAAAUAAAUAUGCAAUUAAUGGAAGAUAUUGACCUGACGAAAUCAUCAAUACGAAUAAAUACUGAGUCGGAUUUAAAAAAAGAUAUAAAAUUUUGCAUUUAUGCUACAACACCAAGGACAUCUGAAGAAGUAUUACAGAUCAUAGAACCAAAAAAACACAUUGAAGAUCAAGAAAAGACAGAAGAACAUAAAGAAAAUUGUAUUAUAGAUAAUAAAGAUAUGGUAACAUGUUAUGAGUACAAUAUUAGUGAAGAUAAUUUAUUUAAAAUUGAAGGAGAAACUAAUUUAGAUAGUCAUAAAUUAGAUUUUGAUUUAAUUGAUGAAGCUAAUAAAGAUCUAGAAAAAAAACAAAAAUAUCUGCAAAAAAAUGUAGUAGAAACCCAGGAAACAAAUUUUCUAGAUAUUGAAAAUAUGCAAGCUGCAAUAUCAAAAAAUAUUUUGAACGCUGUACAUGAAACAGAAAGCAGGAACGCCUUAUGUUCAGAAUAUAAAACAGAAGUAAUAAAAGAUUGUGAACGAAACAAAACCUUAAUUUGUAGUGAUCAUAUUGAAAAUAAACAGGAAUUAUUGAAUACAGGCGAAUAUUCAGAUCGUUUUAUGCCAUGUAGAAAAGAUCUUUAUUCAUUACCUGAAAUAAGAAACACUUGUGAAAUUAGUUCAGAUAAUUUAGAUAAGAUGAGUGAUACAGAAAUCCAAUUUAAUACCAGACCAAUAAGUGCUAAAAUUGAUAGCCAUACAAUAGAUUUUGCUCAAGAAGAAAGUGAAAAUCUACAUUAUAAUAUAAUGAAAAUUUUAAGGAAUAACAAAAUUAGCGACGAUGAUAAAAUAGAAGUAGUUAUACCUUUGGAAUACAUUGGAAGUGAAAGUAAUUCAUCGACUGAUGAAACAUUACUACCUGGUUUUAAUGAUGAUAAACAUUUAAAUAACAUUGAUAAGCAUAACGACGGAACGGUAUCAAGAAACGCAAAUAAGGAGCAUGAUGUUCCAAAAAUAAAUAGAGAUUCUAUGACUGCUCCAUUAUUAGAAUCUAAGUUUGGAAAAGUUGAAAAUUAUGAAGAAACUAAAUGUACGAAAAAUAAUUCAGCAGCUCUAUUGCCUCCCAACAAAAUAAGUGACAAUAUUACAAAAUCUGAACAAAACCAACUGGAAAAUAUUUUCCUUAAUAAUGAUUUACGAAAUAAAAUUGAUUGUCAUGAAUUAGACAGUAUAUCAAUAGCUGACAAUCAAUUAAAUAAUACAAAACCAAAUAACGAAAAUAAUAACACACGUGAUCUAUCUGGCGAAUUUGAUCGCUUAGUAUCAAAUAAUGAAUUGGAUGAAAAAGAAGAUUUUCAAAAUCAGGAUAAGGAUCUUAAUAAAACUUCCAGUAUUGAUACGCUGCAUAAAAAUGUUACGCUUAUUUACAAAGGCGAUUCCAGUGUUGUAUUGAAUGGUUCCAUUUACGAAGAUCCAGUCAUUGGUACGUGUUAUGUGUUUCCAAUAGUAAACAGAUCAUCCUUAACGGGCGAUACUAAUGUUUGCGACGAUGCGACAAUCAAAGUUAUACAAGCCAUAAAAAAUAAAGUUUUUGAAAAUCAAAACAAGGAUAAUAUAAAUGGGGAUGUAGAGUUAGAAGAUAUAAAUCUUAACGUUAUUGUACCUAAAAUAACAUAUUCUAAGCAAACAGUAAAGUAUGAUAUAAAUCGACGUAAUAGAACUAGUAGAAUAAAUUUGAAACGUAAAAUUGACGCACAUGACAACAAAUUUUGUAUAAAAAGAUAUCGUAAAGGAAAAAAUAUCGACUACCCGAAAUUUACUGUGAGUACUAUAUCAGAAUCGGGUUAUGGAAAGGAGUAUAAAAAUCUUUUUGACUAUUGGAGCUCAAUAAAGUUUUCUUUCUCACGACCUUUUCAUAAAGAACACAUUGACGUAUUUGGCACAUUAAAAUGUUGGCCUACAUUAAAAGCUCGCAUUGAUGAAUUAGAUGGAAAUGAAUAUGAGAAUUUACUUUUCUUGGAAGAUGAAAUUAAGAGAAAAGAGCCUUUUGAUCCCUUGACACAAACAUUAUCAGAAGAAAUAUCAUCAGACUAUAUUGAACCUAAAUCCACUGGUGAUGAAAUUAAGGAAAUUAAUUUUAGUAUGGGUUUUGGUGAGGGGUCCGACAGAGUCAUACAAAAUUCAGAAGAUGGAGAUAAACUUUCAAAAUUUUCGGCUGCGACUCUGUCGGACGUAAAACAAUGUCAGCCGUUUCUAUUGUCCGAGGAUUACUGUAUUGAAAAUGAUAAAUAUCGUGGGUUGUGUAGGUCAAAAAUGGAUGAAAUCGAAAUAUCUAAACGUUUCAUUACAUAUAUUAAAUUGCGAGACAAAAUUCGCUCAUUUUUUGAGAAAACUACUUUAGACUUACAAUACAAUUGGGGUAAAGAUAACAUCCAAAACAAAAAUGAUGAAUAUGACUAUAAUAAUAAAAGCUUGUUUCCGUACGAUGUUUUUAGUCCAGAUUUUAUUGAACCUGCUCCUAUUGAAAUUACAGUGAACGUAGUUCAGGUGGGGCAGUUGCCUGUGAGUGCAGCAGCACAAAAUCCAGUGACUUGCGAUCCAAGAGUAACACAAGUCACUGAUGCAAGUCCUUCUCAGUGCUCAGCAGAGAAUAGUGCCAACGAAGAUUCGCAAUCACCCAUUAAGACAGAAUAUACUGAGCUAACUACUGCAGAUAUCAGUUUACCUAUAGUACAAGAAUACGAACGACAAAUGGAAUCACAAGAGUCAUCGAAAGUGCCUGUUCAUGAUGAAAAUAUACCCGUAGAAAUUGAAGUCUCUUCAGAAGUAAAAAGUAGCGUAAACGAAGAUAUAUCUAUUAUACAGGAAGAGCGAAACAAGAGCAAUGAAAGUGAUAAUUUACAAGUGUUAGUUAACAAACAUAUUAAUAAUAUAGAAUAUUCAUUUGAGUCCAAUGACAAUACAUCUGUAGAAGCUUCAUCCAAUUCUGAAAUGAUAUACGAAUCUAUGGAAAAAAAUAAUACAGAAUAUAUAUCACGACCAAAGCAUCAAAAUGGUUCAGCUGAGAAAACUGACCAAAUUGCUCAUGCUAUGAGUGCAGCUGGUAUAACGACUUCACCAGAACCUGUUAUCAAUUCCAGAACGCAAACCUUAGUUAAUAUGUUUUCUCCAAAAAUGUGUCAGGAUGCACAGAACUCUAUUAUAUCGACAAAUAAUUUUACAAAGACUUCUAUUAACACAAUGACACUUCAUCAAGCAUUAGCUCAAAUAUUGCCUCCACCACUAAAUCAAACAAAUUCUCAUGAAAAUAAUCAAGUGACAUCGAAUUCUUCAGUAACACCGCAAGUUGUACAUAUUGUACAGGGAAAAAAUACUAAUGGAAAUCAGAUAACUGUUGUAGAAAAUACGCAAAAUUCCGUAAUUAGUAAUCCUAACACUUUGCUACAUAUAGUACAAAAUAAGAGUGGUAACAUUAAUUCAGCAACUAACUCAAAUACCGUACAACAUACAAAUUCCUAUAGUGGUCUUUCAUUAGUAGACUCAGGGCUUCAGCAAGGAAAUAAUCAACUUUUGCACAUUGUUAAUACUGGUAGUCAGAAAAAUAAUAAUACGGGGCAGUUACUUAAAAGAGUAAAUCUUUUAACUAAUUUGGCUAAUAUACAAGGAUCGAACGAACAGAAGAUGGUGCAGUUUGUUUGUAAAUCAGCUGAUGGAAAAUCUAUUCAGCUGAAUGCACCACAUCAAAGAAGUAUGGUUUUAAGAUUACAGCCAUUUGAAUCGCCCAAUAUUCAAAAUAAUUCUAAAACACCAGAAGCUCAAGACCUAAGUCCCACGUCGUCCAAUAACAAUAGCACAACAACAAAUAAGGAGACUAUAAAUGCUCAACAUGAAAUUAAGUCUCGCUCUGUAUAUGAAGAAAAUUACGCAAAAUUUAUUCAAAGCUCGACUAAUAAAACGGGACCGGAAAAAUCUACCAGCUUACCAAAAUUUAAUCAAGCUUUUGGUAAACAGGUAUUUCAAGACGGGAAUCAGAAAACUAACGAUAUUAAUACCAAUAAUUCCCAUUUAGCCUCUAUGAAUGCUGAUUCUGAUAAUUCUGAGUGUCAGUCUAAUGAAAAUACAAUAAAUCUAGACCAUAUUACACAAAUAAGCAGUCCUCCUUUAUUAUUACGAAAGUCACCAGCUCAAACAACGCAAACGCAAUCAAAUAUAGUUCAACAAAUUAAACAAACGAUUGCUCCUAUGAUGCAUGGCGGUGUUAUUUAUACUCGUCAAAUACCAGUCAACAUCGGAGGAGGGCAGACCAUAAACUUGAUUACUGUUCCCAGCACGGAGCUCGUAGAUGAUUCAAAUCAAAAACAACAAGGCGAUAUUAAAUUUGUUAACCAGAAUGAUAUGGAAUCACCGAUAAUUAAAAUUGUAUCUCAGAAUCAAAGUAAUCAAAAUACAGAAAUUACUUCUGAUGAAAGUAAUAAUCAUACGAAUACAACGAAUGAAAACAAUCAAAAUCCACCAACGCAGCACCAACCAGUCUUAACGCAAAUGAGAAUAAAAUUACCAAUGUUAAGUAAAACUCCUCAAAUGGUGUCUGGUGCCAGAGUAGUUCGACCGUCAUUCUUCCAAAUUCAGCGUAAUGUGAUAGGCGGUGCAAAUCAACCAGUCUAUCAACAAUUAGUGUUAACGGCGGCUCCUCCUCUCGGACAACAUACAAUUCGCUUACCCCACGCCCAGGCAAGGCAGGUGAAAGUUACUUCUGACAGCCAAUCAUCUUCUGAAUCUCAAAUGAGUACCUCCACUCUUGAACAAUUACGAGAAUUUGACAUGGUUUUGGAACAAGUUAAAGAAAGGAGCACAGUUCAACCCAAUUCUAAUAAUAUCUUUUCUAAACUACACACAUCGUCGUCGGACACGACAGAUAGUACUUCUAUAACAUGUACUGUUACAGAAUCGACACAGCAGGUCUUAUAUUCAAUAGGAGCUAACCAAUCACUUAACGUAGCUUAUGUUAACCGAAAACCACACACACCAGCAACUACAACAACAGCAGCCUUUGUGCGGUCUCCGGAUUCUUCUAGUAUUAUAGAAUCGCCAUCUUCGUCCACACAUGCCCAAAUUCCUCACACUGUAACAAGUGAAUCUGCUUCAAAUGAAGUGUCGUCUCAACAAAAUCAACCCAAAGCAGCUAAAAUCGGCUCUAAGUCUAAAUCGCGACCCAAAUCUUCACAUCCACCAAAUUCAUUAAAAAUAAAUACUGUUCCUCCCAAAACAUCAACUCAAAAGCCACUUGAAGAUGAGCAAACAACGCAGAGAAUACUUUAUAUUUUAGCGGAAUAUAAAGAACAGGUGGAGAAUUCACCUGAUAAGGAUAAACCUGCUCCACGGAGGCGAACAAAUCCUCCGUCGAAUCCUUCUGGAUCAUCAAAACGCAAAAAGAGUUCCAGUAGCUCUCGCCGUUCAGGGGCUCGUGAUAGUAGUCCUGUUCAAGGAGAUGAUACGUGCCGAACUAUGGGAUCAGAAGAUAGCAGCUGUGGGACAUCACAAGGCGAUUGUACUGAAAAUUGCCUAGAGACUCAUUCUCCUCAAGACAGUCCACGUAAAGUAGUUAGAAAACUUACUUUUGAAAAUGAAACCACGUCUACCACUCAACCUAGACCACAGCCGCAGCGUAAUGUAAUAGUUGCUGACGGCCAAACCAUCACUGUAGCGAGAGGAGCUGGCGGUAAGCCUGCAACUGCAGUUCUCAUGCCUGCUAAUUAUAUCCUACCCGUUUCUAUGGUUAAAGGCGGCCAACAGAUAGCUAUAGUGACAAACCGUGGUCCAAAGCUACUAACAGUCGGCGGAGGAGAAGGCGGCACUACUAAUGCUCUAUUGUUACAACGUCUAAUCGGCCCAGCUGGCUUAAAACCAGUUUUAGCACGUCCAGGAGUUCGUCACGUUCGUCUGCCUACAGCGGCACUUCACAACCUCCAGCCCUUUAACUUGGCAACGGCUACGACAGUUCAUCCACCAGAUAGUGCGGCUUCUCCUGCACCAGCACCAACACCACCUGAACUAAUCGAAACCCGAGCAAGCAGCUCACCUUGGGCCGACCGUGAAUCGCAAGAUGUAAAACCAGAGCGAGGUUCAAGUCCGGAGGGAUCGGAGCCAUGGCAUUUAACGGCUGAUCCCAACGACUAUUCAUACGAAGAAACAGUUAGGACAGAAAAUAUGGAUAGAACAGUACUCGACGCGAUCCCAGAUCGAUACAGUCCCGAUAUGGAGGCGCAAAGGAUAUUUGAUAAGAUGUUCGACGUAGACUCGAAAAAGUCGUACAUCAUAGAUUCUCAAGAUGAUUCGUCUCGUUGUGCAUACGAUAUUGACGCGUCAGAUUGCGACGAUAAGGCCUACCACCAGGUGGUUCAGAAAAAGGACGGUCACCGUCAACACAGACUAGCGCACGUCUCUGCCGCGGCGUUAAGACACAAAUAUGCAAUAUUGGAGCACGAAUUACGUUUACAGGGUACUGGUUUUUUACAGAAAUCACUGUCUGAAGAGUGCGAAGACCUCGGAGUGGACUCUCCAUCGGCAUCAGAACUGUUUCCUGAAGCUGAACUGCUUUUCAGCUCUUCACCUGCACACGAGGCUCAACAACAUUCACAUACGCCUCAACCAACAAUUCUGAAUCAAAGCGGGAUACCCCAACCGGAUAUAGAUGAUCAAAUAGCCACCGACCAUCUCCUCCACAGCGACAUUGAUGAUCAGCAAGACCUGGGGGUGACCCUCGGAUUAGAUGAAGGCAUCGUCACCGUCAGUGAGGAUGGUAUGCAAGCGACUAUAGCCCUGGAUCAGGAAGAGUUUGCUCGGUCACAUCCAAAUACAACAUUCCACAGUGAGCCUACAGAUGAAGGGGAGGUCCAGCCGUUCACAAUAUCCGGACUCAAAGGUCGUCACAUCACAUCAACGAUAUUUCACGCCGGCAGAGCUCCCGCUACGGUGCUAGUGACUGCUCCACAAACCACCGUCAUAUCCCAAGCCUCACAAGAAAACAUACACAGUGUGAAAUACGCCAACAUCGACCAUAUUAUCAACUCGUCCCAACCACAUAGAAACCUGAACCUCUCUUCUGUUUUAGUGAAAGACGAUGGGCUCACCAAAUUCGAUAACGUACUAACAGAUUCAAGGGAACUACACCUAUCAAAUACAGCAUCUGCCAUAGUACAUUCAACUGGAAAUGCUACCCAAGUCAUCCGAAGAGUCUGCUAUGAAGAUGAUAAAAGAGACACCAGAUAUUUAAUGGACGAAUCGGAUGGCCUCAUAGCUGGGGAUGAUGCGAAGAUGAUAGCCGAAGACAGUUCCAGAGACGCAACCCUCGAAUCCAUAGCUGACGGUGAUGAAGACAACUCAUCACCAGAAAGACACGCUGAACUAUUCUGGGAAUCGAACUCUGCAUCCGAAAGAUCAGAAAGUCGACGACCGAUAGACUAUAAUAGCAGUGACAGCGAAAAGUGCUGCAAGAGCCCCUUCGAUGAAACUAACUCGACUGACUCCAGUGGGGUUGGAACUCACAUGAGAUUAGAUUCGGUGAUAAAAGAAGCUAGAUUGAUCGAUCGUGCUGGAAGCGGAUCAUCGGAUGAUCAUCCGCCAUUGCGAACAUAUCCUGCGAAACGGAUGUAUCACAACCCAGAUGGGGAUGUCGAAAGGAGUCUAUCCGGGAAGACCAGAGCUGGUUUCCAGGAAGAUAGUUCAGAGACCCUGGAAGGAAGACGAAGAGCUUCAGGAAGAGGGGUGGUUAAGAGAGGCUGUCAUUGUUGCAAUGGGUCCCCGGUACCACCCAGGCCCAAGAAACCUAAGAAGAAACCGACUAUAGACUUCACUAAU